AUGGAACAAUUUGGUGUUGUUCCAGGGAGUACUGUUCCGGUUGCGUUGGUAGUAGUGCUGCUAGUGGUGUUGUUGGAGGGAGUGGUCAUGUUUGCGGGGUCGGUGGCGCUGCUGGUGCUGUUGGAGGAAUUGGUCAUGUUUGUGCCGCCGGGGGCGUCGGUGAUGGAGGCGCCUGUUAGGGGGGCGGGGGCGGAAGGUGGAGGUGGGGGAGUUUCGGCUGAAGGAGGGGUUGCGGGGGCAUUAGCUGGAGGGGCGGGUGCUUCCGCUGAAGGAGGGGUUGCCUCAGCUGAAGGAGGAGGUGCUUCCGCUGAAGGAGGGGUUACCUCAGCUGAAGGAGGAGGUGCUUCCGCUGAAGGAGGUGGUGCUUCAGCUGAAGGAGGGGGUGCUUCAGCUGAAGGAGGGGGUGCUUCAGCUCGAGGCACGUGUGGAGCCAAUAUGCCCGGCACUUUGACGUUAGCUACAUUGGAUCCUUCAAUAGUUGCCAUACUGUAA